AUGUCCGCGCAGAGAAAACACAACGAGAGAAACCAGCAGAUCCUCAAGACGUUGCUGAGAGAGCCUGCAAACAAGAACUGCGCCGACUGCAAGAUCUCCAAGAACCCGCGCUGGGCGUCGUGGAACUUGGGCAUCUUUGUCUGCAUCAGGUGUUCCGGUAUACACAGAAGCAUGGGGACGCACAUCUCGCGGGUGAAAUCUGUUGAUUUGGACUCGUGGACGGACGAGCAGGUCAAGAGCAUGGUGAUGUGGGGGAACGAACGGGCCAAUUUGUUCUGGGAGGACAAGCUGCCGGACAAUUACGUGCCUGACGAGAGCAAGAUUGAGAAUUUUAUUCGCACCAAGUACGAGAUGAAGAAAUGGAAGAGCGACAAGGAACCGGGCGCGCUGGCUGCUUCCAAAAAGACAUCCGAGCAGCGCGAGUCUCGAGCACAGCUUCCACAACAGACAGAGUCCACGCCUUCUCUGCUGGACGGUCUCAGCACGCCUGUCAGCACUUCGACGGCCAAACCGACUCCAGCCCCGGCAACGACGGCACCGCAAGACUUGUUCUCAUCCGACCUGUUUGGAUCGGCCCCUUCGCAGCCACCACAGCCGCAAACGGCCCAGAAUAGCAGACCGGAUCUCAAGAAAUCGAUUCUCAGCCUUUACUCGAAACCGUCGCCGCAGACCCAGCAACAGCCGCUCUACUCGCAACCUUUUACACAGCCGGUGCAGCCUGUCCAGCCUCAGUUCAACUACUCGUCCGAAGACCCAUUUAAAAAUGUGUGGAGUUGA